UGCGCGCGACAUAGAGCUCAAUGAAGCAAAGUUGAGUGAAUGUUGAGCUUGUUGAUGUAGUUAUAAUGAGUGCCAUUCACCGGGCGCUAAAGAAGCACUUCGGAUUCGACAGGUUUCGCUCUCAGCAGCAGGAAGAUGCCGUGAAAGCAGUGCUGAAGGGUGACAGGGAUGUGUUUGUAUGUAUGCCCACUGGAGCAGGCAAGUCUCUGGUCUAUCAGCUCCCUGCUCUUCUGUCCAGCGGCAUCACUCUGGUCAUUUCUCCUCUCAUCGCGCUCAUACAGGAUCAAGUGGAGCACCUGAAAGCUCUCAAUGUUCCCGCACGAUCCAUCAACUCCAAGCUUCCCUUGGCUGAGCGCCGGCAGAUCCUGGCGGAUCUGGAGAGCGAGAGACCUCGGCUCAAGCUGCUCUACAUCACUCCCGAGAUGGUGGCGUCUCCGUCCUUCCAGCCCUGCUUGGGCUCGCUGUGCUCGCGCGGUCUCCUGGCGUGUCUGGCGGUGGACGAAGCUCACUGCGUCUCCCAGUGGGGGCACGACUUCCGCCCGGACUACCUGAAGCUGGGCGACCUGCGCUCGCGUCUGCGGGACGUUCCCUGCGUGGCGCUCACAGCCACGGCGCCCAAGAGAGUGCAGGAAGACAUCGAGCGCUCGCUCAAACUGCGCUCGCCACUCCAUUUCGCCACGCCGGUUUUCCGGAAGAACCUGAAGUAUGACGUGAUAUUCCGGGAUCUGCUGCCUGAACCUUACGUCCACUUGCUUGCGUUUGCUAAAGAGGCGCUGGGCGGAAACACUGCCGAAAAGGGAUGUGGGAUCGUCUACUGUCGAACCCGAGAGAGUUGUGAGGAAGUGGCUCAUAAGUUGACUAAACUGGGAAUUUCCGCCAAGCCCUACCAUGCAGGGCUGAAGGCGGGCGAUCGCAUGGAGAGUCAGGCUGAGUGGAUGGCUGAUAAAGUGCCUGUUAUUGUGGCCACCAUCAGUUUUGGUAUGGGAGUGGACAAGGCCAAUGUCAGGUUUGUCGUUCACUGGAACGUGGCGAAAUCUUUGGCCAGUUACUAUCAGGAGUCGGGGCGAGCUGGCCGAGACGGACUGCCGUCGUCCUGCAGGAUUUACUACUCCCACAAAGACAGGGACCAGCUCGGCUUCCUCAUCCGCAAGGAUAUCGCGCGCAAACAGGAGAAGCGAGGAGCGCAGAAAGAGCAGGACAAGGCGCCCAUUCAGGACUUCGAGGCGAUGGUUGCUUUUUGUGAGCAAGAAGGGUGCAGACACGCCACUAUCUCACAGUUUUUUGGCAAUCAGAAGCCCGACUGCGCUGGGUCAUGUGACUUCUGCCGUGACCCCAAACUGGUCCGCGCUCAGCUGGCGAGAGGAGCCGCCCUCAGCAUCAGAACCAGCACCGGCCCGGCCCAGAGCACGGGGCCAUUCGGCUUCAACCCCGAACUCUACGCCGGAGGCAGGAAGGGUUACGGGUUCGAGAGAUAUGAUGAGGAAUGUGGCGAUGAGGAAGAUGACCCUGACAAGAGAAAGAAAGAGUUCGGAAACCUCUUCAAGAAGCAGAUGAACAUGAGAAAGGGUUCAGAUGUGGCAAACGAGACGUUUGUUCCACCAGAUGCGGACUGCGUGUUGAAGGAUGCUGCUAGUCAGAGGAUCCCCAGACUCACGGUGAAGAGCCGAGAGCACUGCCUGUCUCUGCUGCAGGAGUGUGUGUCCAGCCACAGGGGGGCAGCAGAGCUUUCACACAGCUUCGAGGCUCGGGAUCAGGCUGUAGAAAUAGAGCACGAGAUAUUCAAGGCCAGUAAAUCUGCAAACCUGUACAAGGCAGCGGUGCUCAAGAGAGUGUCGGAGAUGAAGAGGAGUGCAGCGGAGGAGAAGCCUGCUGAAGCCACUGCGACCUGCUCUUCAUCGUCUCUGACUCAUCAUCUAGACGGCUUCACCACGGCUUCUGAAGUCUACUCACUGAAGAGGAAGCGUGUAGGCGCUGGGUUUCGUGGCUCGUCCAGCCUGUUCCAGACAGCAGGAGAUCUUCUGAACUCCCAGAAGGAGAGGCUCACCACGGACCCCGUCUGUGAGCAAGAGGACGAAACGGGAAAAACACAGGACAUGAAAAGCACUAAAACAACACCCGCCGGCUUGUCCCCCUUCAAAGCCAAAGCAAGCGCCACUUCCUCCCUGAGCAGCCCAAGCAAAAGACUCACUAAGAAGCAGCAGAAACUAGCAGAAGCAGCCAAAGACAUGCGCUGUAUAUCACAGUAUUUCGGAAAAAAGCAAGUCGGCGCCUCUCAGCUGAAAACAGGAAGUGUGAAAUCAGAGCCUGAGGAGGAAAGAUCUCCCCAUCACUCGCCUUCACCAGAUCUGACCGACUUCAUGACGAUGAACAACACCUCCAUGGAUGUCGGAAGCGUUUCAGAGAAUGACGCCGCUGCACGUGUGAGUCCCUCUGCAGAAGAGAUGGACACUGAGCUCACGGCACAUCCGGAGCCGCAGCGAGGGAAUCUGAAGUCUGAUGACCAACAAGAAUCACCAAAACAAUCACGUGAGGAGAGAGCGGCAUCUCCUCCUGCCAAACGCAACCGCGUGAUGAAGGACAGCAAGAGAGUGACCUUUGACCCGACAGUGCAGGAGACACAGUUUGGCACAAUGAAUGGAGACGCGGCUGCGAUUUCACAAAAGCCCGUGACACUGAAGGAGGCCGCUGAUAUCGUGGUCCGAUGCCUGGAUCCAUUCUACCAAAAGGGCAAAUUCGCCACCAAGGAUUUGUUCAAAGCCUUUGCCCGUUUCCUCUCCCAUCAUCUCACUGAGGGAAAAACUGCAAAUCAAGGCCAAGUGAAGACGGAAGCCAAGAGCUUCAUCAAGUGUUUCUUCAGCAGGAUCCAGCGCUGCGAGAGCGAGACGGAUUGGACACACUUCAAAGUCCAGGACAGAUAGCGAUCUCCGUCUUUCUAUCCCUUCAUCCAAACCUCUGAAAAUCCUCCUCUCAUGUCCGAGAUGCCGCAUGUUUAGCAGCUGCCGCUGUAUAUCUCAGGUGUACCGCGAGGGCCUAAGCAUACAUUGCACAUGAAUAUAAACUGAUGGAAAGUGCCAUUUAUGUUGGAAAUCUGAACAAGCAACAGACCGCAAUAACUGUAAUGUAGCAUAAGUUGCUUAUAAUGCACUCAAAGUGGUGUGAACUGUAUCGAAAACUCCAUUAAAAGUGCACAAAUGGAGAAGUACUUCAUGCUGAAUAAUUUAUGGCAUAAUUGGGAGGUUUGUUGGUCUUCAAUAGAGCGGUAAGCAUCCGGGGGUUUUUAGUAGCCUCGGUUGCGUAUAUAUUUUCCUCAUUUAUUUUCUCCACAGGAGAAAUGUCAUUCUUCCACGUCUUUCUUUCUUCAGUCGA